AUGGCGUCCUGUAUAUUAUCCCUUGACAAGAUCUUGUCCCAGUCGGUGAAGCGUCUCAGCAUCAGCGGCUGUGAUUUCCUCUGUGAUUGCCGGCCUAGGAUAGCAAUCUCCAGCCUCGUCUGGCUGCUGCUCGACUCUUUCGGUGGUAACGUUCCUUUGCUUGGAAGCAUGCUUUCACUGAAAACGGCACUUGUGAGGCCGGCAGCAUACUCGAGUGAUUGCUGCAAAGGGGGUGAGCUAGGGCAGUGCUGUGGCAGCUGUGCAGAAUGUACUGGCGAUGAUGACCAUAGCGGCCGCUGCGUGCUUCUUGGAGGCAUGUCCACUGCUGUGAAUUUGGAGCUGGUAGCUCACGCCGGAAUGCUUAUUUUUGGAAGAGAUUUGAGGUGGUGUCCUACAUUUAGUAACUUGAAGACAUUGUUACUGAAUGACUGGUGUGUGGCUAUUGACUUCCGUGCACUACUUUGCAUUCUCGAGCAUUCACCUGUUCUUGAGAAGCUCACUCUUCAACUAUGUAAGAGACAGGAAUUUAUAACUGUGCUGGCAGGUAACUGCUAUCCACUGGAAAAAUUACCUGCAAUAUCCGAACACCUUAAUACCGUGGAAAUCAGAUGUAGAGAUAUUGAUGGGAGGGUUUGCAGGAUUUUAAAAUUCUUGAGUCGAUUUGUCAGUGUCACGCAGAUUAACAUCAAACUGAGUGCGCAACUGUCCACAUGCUUCAGUUUCGAGACAUGGCUCUCGGCCUCCCCGGCAAAUGAUGAUGAUUAUUCAUGA